CUCGAAACCCCCACAAGUGCAAGUCAAACUCCAACUAGGAUGCUUUCUUCCGUAGGAUCUGUUUUUCGGCUCAGAUCCGAUCUCCGAUGCAGUGAAAGUCGAAGUCGACACUAUAUAUUUUUCUAAAUGGGCUGUGGAGCCUCCUCCUCCGCCCGAGCAGCGCACUGCCGCCCCGCAGCACCGUGUGACGCCCUGCAGCGGUGCCGGCAGAGGGCACGCGUGGCGCCAGCACAGGAUCUUCAGAAAAUGGUGGACGUCCACCAGUUGGAAUUGAUUCGCUCGAGCAUCAGCAAGCCCAGCACACGAAGCUCCGAACGCAGUUCGAGCAAGUGCAGGGCUUCCGACGAGCCGGAGCUCCCCAAGCCUAGUUCUAAGCAGCCCAGCAGCCGCGGCUUCUCCUCCUUGAUGCCACAGAUAGCUGUUCAUGGCGGAGAGACUGGCGAUCCACUGGACUCGAUGGACGAGGCCGAGUUGGAACACAAGAGCUCCUACCAGACCUACACUUGGCCUUCACCACCGAACGGCGUGGAGAACGUGUCCUUCCCGCCAAACCGCCAGACCCACGAGCUCUACCUGGAGAACUUGGAUGAGUAUUUGCAGAAGGUGCGGCGCGAACCGGAGAUGAUCAAGCAGAUGGCGAGUGCCAAGUGGACGGCCGUCAAGAUGCGACGCCGCCUGGAGGAGCUGAAUCGUCCCACGGUACUGAGCUGAAGAGGCUCCACCAGCCUCCACUCGACGUGGCCCGACCAUCGAAGGCCUUUCGAGCGAGCAAUAAUCAGUCGGCGGCCGUCGGCAGGACCACGGCUUGCGCUGGAUUGCGGUUUUCCGAAGACAUGCCGUGCCUUUGAUAACCGAGACAGG